AGCUGUAGACACAAGCACGAAGGUGAGGCGUUAGCUCACCUACGUUUUGAAUAUUUUAAUGUCAUUUGUUCACCAGAUGUGAACACAUUGUUGUUUAUAGUACAGAACAAAGUGCCGAGUGCGAGUGAGACUGACACGUGCGACAUAGAGAUAAAUCCCAGAGAGCACCAUGAGCUCUGUACUAUCGUCUGUGCAGUCUUUCAUGCAGAUAUUUGAUGGAAAAAAAGAACAAUUUAUUCGUGACAUUGACAAUAUCCACAUGGUUUGGCUUGAGGAGAUCCAACAAGAGGCCAACCACAUGUUCUCAAGGGAUUUUAACGCUGAGCCAGAGUUAAUGCCCAAAACACCAUCACAAAAGAAGAAUGGCCGCAGGAAGCGUGUUUCUGUUGGACGCCAGGAAGAAGGUCAAGCCCGGAGAAGGUUGUCUAAGGGAAGGCGCAGUAACCUUAGCGGUUCCUCUGUCAAGUCACUGAACUUCAUUGCUGAAGAUGCCAUUUCAGGAACUUCUGUAGCUGAAAGCAGUACACAGCUUAAACACACUUCUCUACUCCAAGAGGAUGUGAACCAGCUACCUCAGAAGAGCUGUGACAGCAUAGAGGAGUAUGAUAAAAAGCCAGAGCUGGUUGAGGAUGAAAGUGUGGAUACAAAUAGUGAUGUCAAACCAGACAAGACAAGUCACACAAGUGAUUCUCCAGUGAAGAUCCCAUCCCCUAAUGUUGAAAGCAUCUCUGCAUCUGCUGAGCAAGCAAUAAAGCCCUGUGAUGGACGAACAGCUACUAAAAUAGCGAUAGCGGGAAAAACCAGAAGGUCACGACGGACCUCUGUGAGGUGUUCCCUUAAGGUGCGUCAUUCCCUGGCGGGCUUGCGUCACAGUAUGACGCAGGAUUCUCUACACCGUGCCUCGCAACGAUCCAUGAUGAAGAGGAAGGCGGCUCGCAUGGCUGAGGCUUCCUUUGAGUCUGUGGAAGAGGCUGAUGAAGAAGUCGUGUCAGGACCUGUGACUGCAGAUCCAGAAGUCGCAGAGGCUGAUAGUCCAAAGCAUUAUACUCAGCCAUCUGGUGGACACAUUACUAGUUCUAUGGAUGCCAGUGACUCCAAAGUGGCCCCACCUUCACUGUCUACCCGCGAGAGGAGCACUCAGGACAAGAAAAUAGUUAUCACUGGCAAGCAACAGGCUUUCCAGGGGUCAAUUAAGGACAUCAAAAGUGAAGCAUCAGAUCAUGUGGAGCACAGUCCUAUUCAGAGUGCAUUUAAACCACAUAUGAGAUCAUUCCUCCACACUGUGCAGAAGAAUCAAUUGCUGAUGAUGUCUCCAAGUACCUUUAGUCGUAAUACUGUCAUCAAGUCCUUCUUUAAGCACACCACUCCAUUGAAGGCUGAUCUUCAGGCCAAAGAGCGUCAAAAGUUAGAGGCACUUAAAAAGAAGCAGGACCAAGAAGAGGAACGCUUGAGGAAAAUAGUGGAAGAGAAGAAAAAGAAACAAGAGGAAUCUAAAAGGAAGAAGGAGGAGAGGCUUAGGAAGGUGAUUGAGGCCAAAGUAAAAGAAGAGCAGAAAGAGGAAGAAAAGAAAAAGAAGAUUGAGCUAAAAAUGGCUCAGAUUGAUGAGAAAAAUGACAAGCGUCAGGCUGAGGAGAAGGCCAAAAAGAGAAUUGCCAUUAAACGUCAGGACGAGCUUGAGCAGAAACAACUGGCAGAAGAAACUAGAAGGAAGAAGAUUAAGCAAGCGGAGGAGGACCAAUUAAAAGCUAAGGAGCUGGCAGAAGCUCGCAGACUGUUGGAGAUGAAGAGGGAGCAGGAGCGUGAGAGAGAGCUGGAGAGAGAGCGACAAGCUGCUGCUGAAAGAGAGCGGGAACUGGAGAGAGCAGCUCGAGAGAAGGAGAGAAGAGAACUGGAGGAGAAAAGAAAAGCGGAAGAGGAAAAGCUAAAAGAGGAGGAGCAGCAGAGGUUAGCUGCAGAGGAGAAAGCUGCUAAAGAAAGAGAAGCUUCCAUGCAGAUAGAAGCUGCUGUUUCUCAACAGGCCGCCAAUGCACAAAAAUCACUUCAAGCAACCGCCAUAAUUCCAGUGGGUGGAAACACAACAGUAACGUCCAAAAAUCCUGAAGACUAUGGGAUGGACCUAAACAGCGAUGAUUCCACUGAUGAUGAAUCUACUCCAAGAAAGCCAAUUCCAUCUUGGGCAGAAGGUCACAAUCUACAGCAGAUAAUUAUGAAGCAGUACUUCAAUCCUCCUGACUUGGACUCUUUCUUUGGAAUAAUUGAGCCACCAGAACUGGAGAACAUCUUUUAUAAGAGCAAACCUCGCUACUUUAAACGCACCAGCUCUGCUGUGUGGCAGUCGCCUCCGGUUGGACCAAAGUAGCGAGUGCACUGACACAUUUAUACAAUGCUGUAUAUGUUUGUUUGUUUUUUGACACUUUACUUCCAGAAGAUAGGACUGGUUUGAAAAUGGUUUCUACCAAUUUCACAUUUAAUGAUGGUUUGAGAAAUAGUCAGAAAUUAGGUGUGUUUAAACUGAGUAUAUGUCGCUUUAACACUGGAUUGGGGGUGGGAGUAAUGGACUGGUGCAAU